AUGUUUGAUGCCAAGAACAUGUUGGCUGCCUGCGAUCCCUGCCAUGGCUGCUACCUAAUGGCAGCUGCCGUUGUUAGUGGCUGCAUGUCCCUGAGGGAGGUGGAUCAGCAAAUGUGUAACAUCCAAAACAAGUACAGCAGCUACUUUGCUCACUGGAUUCCCCACAAUGUGAAAAGAGCUGCCUGUGACAUCCCACCCCUUGAGCUAAAAAUGUCUGUUACAUUCACCAGUAACAACACGGCCGUCCAGUGGCUGUUCAGGUGUAUCUUGGAGCAGUUCACAGCCACGUUCAGGUUCAAGGCCUUCCUGCGCUGGUACUCAGGCAAGGGCAUGCGUGACAUGGAGUUCACUGAGGCCGAGAGCAACGACCUGGUGUCCGAGUAUUAA